UUUUUUUUUUCAUUAUUACUCCGAGUUAAGCUCAACAAAACGGAGCCAUAAAAUACAUACAGAAGAUAACUGCUACUUAAGAUAAAUAUGUUUGCUAGGAUAAAUACGAUUAAGUGCCGUAUACACGAAGACGGUGUGGAGAGAAGCAAAAUUCGACAUUACAGACAUAAUUAGUAACGUGGUCCCCCGCGAUUUAUUUAACAGCCUCUCAUCCCUAAUCCCUCGCGGUUUUAAGUCAUAGUACCAGCAGCUCUGGCGUGGCAGAUAAAGCGGCCUCCGCGUCAUUCCCCAACAACGAAAGCGCGAGCGGUACCGCGCACUUUUCUGGGGACGAUGCAGCGAUAAGCGUUCACUCGUGAUAUAAAUCGACACGAUAUAUAACACGCACAUCGAUAUAACGAGCGGGCCAAAGAACGUGCGGCGCGGUGCGGUGCGGUACGGAGCGCGACUUUUUGCCUGUAGUUUACCUCGCGACAGUUUACCAGCACGUUCGCGAUAAAUACGAGCGACUACUGAUUCUCCCGCGGCCGAGGAUCUCUCCUCCCUUUCGUUUCUCUCGUGAAUCAAUUCCGUUCCUCGGUGACGAUGGGCACCACCGUGACGGCGGCGGCGCGCGUCAGCGACGCGACGUCGAAGCCCUUUCUGGUUACCCUGCCGGAUAAGGAAAAGCAGCAUCACGUGUCACAAGUCGAAUCGAAUAAUUCCGUGGCUUCCGACAAAGGAAGGAAGCGCUUUCAGUUUCUAGUCACUCUGUGCGCUGCGCUGGGUGGUAUGCAGGCCGGUAUAACGCUCGGUUGGACGUCGCCGAUUCUGCCAUACCUCACAUCGGCGGAAUCCUUUCUCCCGGAGAAAUUGUCCGAGAAUCAGAUCUCGUGGAUAACAUCCCUGCUGGCGUUGGGCGCCAUCGUGGGCGCCGUACCGGCCGGCAAGAUCGCCGAUCAAAUCGGUCGGAAAUGGACCAUCUUUCUGACGGCUGUGCCAUUCGCCACAUGCUGGAUCACCUUGCUCACGACUGGGAACAUCAUCAGUAUAUACGUCGCUCGAUUCAUCGGUGGCAUCGGCGCCGGGGCGGCCUGCGUCCUCGUGCCAGUUUACGCUGGUGAAAUCGCCCAGGCGUCGAUCCGCGGUGCUCUGGGCGCCUUCUUUCCUCUGCUCUUCUCUUCGGGAAUUAUGUUCUCGUACGUGGCGGGCGCGUACUGUUCCUACGUAGUCUUCAACAUCGCCUGCUGCGCUAUUUUGGUGCCUUUCGUCCUGGGUGUGCCGUUCAUGCCGGAAUCACCAAUGUGGCUGUUGCAGAAAGACCGUAAGGUCCAGGCCACGAAAGUGCUGACGAUCUUGCGUGGAUCGCAUUAUGACAUUACGGGGGAGAUAACCGUUAUCCAGAACGACGUUGACAGGAUGACGAACGCGUCGGGUGGUUUCAAAGAUCUCGUUGGGACCAAGGCUGGGCGUAAGGCUGCCAUCACCUGCAUAGGACUCAUGUUCUUUCAGCAACUAUGUGGCGUAGACGCGAUUCUAUUUUACACGGUCAACAUCUUCCAGGCGGCAAACAGCACGAUCGAUCCUUUCUUGGCGACCAUCGUUAUUGGACUUACCGAAGUAGUAAUGACAAUAUUCGUCGCUACCGUAAUCGACAGAUUCGGCAGAAAGCCGCUCCUGAUAAUAUCCGGCACAUUGAUGACCAUUUGUCUGAGCGUCCUGGGUUACUACUUCAAGCUCAAGGAUGGAGGAAGUGACGUGAGCACCUUCGGCUGGCUCCCACUGACUAGCCUCGCUCUCUUCAACAUUGUCUUCUCGAUCGGUUACGGGUCCGUGCCGUUCACGGUAAUAAGCGAGAUAUUUCCGCCGGAAACUAAGGGUGUUGCCAGCAGUAUGUCUAUUGUGGUGCACUGGAGUCUGGUGUUUGCCGUCACCAAGCUGUUUCCAACUAUGGAGGACAGGAUGGGCCAGGCCGCGACCUUCUGGACGUUCUCAUGCUUCACCGCCGCGUCCGCAGUCUUCGCGUACUUCGUAGUACCGGAAACGAAGGGCAAGACGUUACAGGAAAUACAAAGCAAGCUUAAACGAAAGCAAAAGUCGAAAACGGAGUAUCAGGUCGAACCGAUCUGAAAAUACCGACGCAUUCUGCGUUCACCUUGUCGCAUUGUUGCAACGCCGAGAUCAAGGAAUGAUCGACGGAGGUCGAAACGCUAAAGUGGCUGGCUGAUGAGGGAGAGAUAAAGAAAGAGCAAGAGAGAGAAAGAGAGAGAGAGAGAGAGAGAGAGAGAAAUGUUUUAUAUAUUUUUUUUUACAUGAUUACUUAUUUAUCGAACGUUAACCUGGUUUAUAGAGCUCCUUGUCUUUUCUACACGCAAUCAUUGUACGAUUGUAUUGAAUCUUUAAAUGUGUAAAUAGCUACUAUACAGAUAUGUAACCUGCUCAACAAUUUCGCAUACACUAUUGCUUGAAAGUGUAGCACGCAAGUUCAGUUUUUGCUGAGACAAUCUCAACUUUUUUCGUACACAAUAUGUGUAGUUAUGAUAGAAGAAAGACGGCGGUCGUGGAAUAUAUCUAGAGUAACGAAAUAUCGUCAUAUCUUGUAUACAGUUUGCAUUGAAUUCUAAGAACAGCCGUUAAAGUUACUUCAUUACAAUCUAGACAUUGUAGGACGUUACUGGUCAAUAUAAGUGUCCGUUGUGUUUUUAUAAGUCGAAUUAAAAUUUUGAAGAUAACAGAAAUUUAUACAGGUGUAUACUCUCUGAGAAGUACACUACAUGUUAAUUUUUAACGUUAGUUUAAAGACCUUGAAUGCAAACUUAUGCAAAUAAUAUUAUUGAAUUUAAUGUGUAUUAUUAUGUGCAUAUGAAUUCGUCAAAUAAAAUCGUGUUAUGUGUUAUUGUAGAAUCGGUCGUCCGCCGUGUGGAUCCCUUUUGCGACUUUACACUUAUUUUUGUAAACCUUGUAUGACGUUUAUUAUAAGUACUAGAAGCGAAGAAAUUAUUUUAAAGUUUUAUUUAAAAAAAUAUUUUAAGAUAAAAUGUUAUUAAAAAAGAACUUUUUUUUUUUAAUAAAACGUAUUUUACGAAAUGUGUGCAAAACCUUAUGGCACUUAUUUGUGUGUAAAAUCUACAAAACAUCAUUAAUGUUUUUUCAAAUAAAAGUGCCUUUCGUCACAUAA